AUGGGCGCGGCGUGGGGGCGGCGGGCGCUGCGGGCCGGGCUGGCGCUGGGCGCGCUGGCGCUGGUGCUGCAGGGGCUGCGCGGGUGGCUGGCGGCCAAGCGGUACGAGUUCAGCCCCGCCGAGAUCGCACAGCUCGCCCGGCACCACGCGGGGCUGGACCAUGAGCUGGCUUUCUCCAAGAUCAUUGUGGAGCUGCGAAAGAAGCACCCAGGCCACAUUCUGCCAGAUGAGGACCUGCAGUGGGUGUUUGUGAAUGCAGGUGGCUGGAUGGGCUCCAUGUGCCUGCUCCAUGCCUCGCUCACCGAGUAUGUGCUGCUCUUCGGGACCGCUGUUGACACUGGGGGACACUCGGGUCGCUACUGGGCAGAUAUUUCUGACACCAUCAUCUCGGGGACAUUCCGGCAGUGGAAGGAGGGGACCACCAGAAGUGAGAUCUACUAUCCAGGGGACACCAUCGUGCACCAGGCGGGAGAGGCCACGUCAGUGCAGUGGAGCGCAGGCACCUGGAUGGUGGAGUACGGCCGGGGCUUCAUCCCCUCCACACUCGCCUUCGCCCUGGCUGACACCCUCUUCAGCACUCAGGACUUUGUCACCCUCUUCUACACCCUGCGUGUCUACACAAAGGGCCUGCUCCUGGAAGCAAAUGCCUUCUUCAGCACCUUUGGGUGCUGAGCCCAUCUCGCCAGGGCACCCUGCUGAGCCCAGUUGGCUCCUUUCCUCCCAGCCAUUUUCUCUUCCUCCCCAAGCCCUGGUUCUAGCAGAGGCAGCAGGAGAUCCCCUGUGCCUUCCCCAAAUUGUUCUGUCCUUUCCCCACAGGCCAACAGAGUGCCAGGACAGAGGGACCUCGGCAGUCACAGCAACACAGAACGUCAGUUCUCUUUACUAUUUGCCUGUCCCUCCUUUCUGUCAGAGUCACGUCCUGCUUUUCCAUCCCUCAGGGCUGGAGUGGCCUUGCAGUGUACAAACACCCCUAUGUGUCCUCAGCAUGCAGUGGGAGAGAAGCUGGAGCUGGCUAUCCCUGGGCCCCAAAAGAUUUCCUCAGCUCCUGAGACAUCAGGGGA